ACUCUCUCACUCUCUUUCUGUCUCUUCCUCGCUCCCUCUCUUUCUCUCCUCCCUCUGCCUUCCCAGUGCAUAAAGUCUCUGUCGCUCCCGGAACUUGUUGGCAAUGCCUAUUUUUCAGCUUUCCCCCGCGUUCUCUAAACUAACUAUUUAAAGGUCUGCGGUCGCAAAUGGUUUGACUAAACGUAGGAUGGGACUUAAGUUGAACGGCAGAUAUAUUUCACUGAUCCUCGCGGUGCAAAUAGCUUACCUGGUGCAGGCCGUGAGAGCAGCGGGCAAGUGUGAUGCAGUCUUUAAGGGCUUUUCAGACUGUUUGCUCAAGCUGGGCGACAGCAUGGCCAACUACCCGCAGGGCCUGGACGACAAGACGAACAUCAAGACCGUGUGCACAUACUGGGAGGAUUUCCACAGCUGCACGGUCACAGCUCUUACGGAUUGCCAGGAAGGGGCGAAAGAUAUGUGGGAUAAACUGAGAAAAGAAUCGAAAAACCUCAACAUCCAAGGCAGCUUAUUCGAACUCUGCGGCAGCAGCAACGGGGCGGCGGGGUCCCUGCUCCCGGCGCUUUCCGUGCUCCUGGUGUCUCUCUCGGCAGCUUUAGCGACCUGGUUUUCCUUCUGAGCGCGGGACCGGGUCCCCCCCUCCCCCUCCGCUCACUCACCCACACUCACACCAUGCUCCCGGAAAUCGAGAGGAAUAGCCAUUCGUUCUCUGAGGACGUUGUGAUUCUCUGUGAUGUUGAAAACACUCAUAUGGGAUUGUGGGAAAUCCUGUUUCUCUCUUUUUCUUCUUCUUUUUUUUUUCUUCUUUUUAAUUGUGUUUGAUUCCUUGUGUUUUAUUUGCCAAAUGUUACCGAUCAGUGAGCGAGCGAGCACAGCCAAAAUCGGACCUCACCUUUUAGUCCGUCUUCACAGAAAAAUAAGAAAACGGCAAACUCACCCCCAUUUUUAAAUUUUUAUUUUAUUUUAUUUUAUUUUGGCAAAAGAAUCUCAGGAAUGGCCCUGGGCCACCUACUAUAUUAAUCAUGUUGAUAACAUGAAGAAUGAUGGGCUCCUCCUAAUGGGAAAGCGAGAGGGAAAAGGAGAAGGCCAGGGGAAUGACUUCAAGAGUGGUGUCCACGUGGGAAUCAGCCGGUGAAUAAUCAUGCUCACGUCUUUCUUCCACAGUACCUUGUUUUGAUCAUUUCCACUGCACAUUUCUCCUCCAGAAAAGCGAAAACACAAGAGUGUGGGCUUAGCAUUUUUUUAAGGAUAAGACAGAGAGAGAGAAAGAGGUUGGGUAUAGUGGGAUAGGUUGUCAUAAGAGAUGCUGCUAUGGUCAUGAGGGGCCGGUUUCACCUGCUAUUGUCGAUGCCCCUCGUUCAGGUCCACUGCCUUUAUUUUCCUUCCUCUCUUGUUUUAGCUGUUACACAUACAGUAAUACCUGAAUAUCCAACGGUAUAGAUCACAAGGGGGUAAUCAAUGUUAAAUCUAAAAUAGAAUUUAAAAAAAAAGAUUUUGACAUAAAAGAGCCUUGAUUUUAAAAAAAGAGAGAGAUGUAAUUUAAAAAGUUUAUUAUAAAUUAAAUUCAGCAAAAAUUUGCUACAAAGUAUAGAGAAGUAUAAAAUAAAAGUUAUUGUUUGAAAUGG